GAUAAAUGAUUUAGAUGAAGAUGAUAGAUUAGUAUAUAAUACAAUCAAAGCAGCUGGAAAUGAAGGAAUAUGGACACGCAAUUUAAAGACCAAGACAAACCUUCAUCAGACAGUCAUAACGCGAAGUCUAAAGAAUCUUGAAUCGAAGCAACUUAUAAAAGCUAUUAAAUCAGUAAAGGCACCAACUCGUAAGAUAUAUAUGCUCUAUGAAUUAACACCUUCAGCAGAAGUGUCGGGUGGUCCGUGGUUCACUGAUCAAGAGUUGGAUACAGACUUUGUCGAGACGCUCACAAAAGCCAUACACAAGUUUAUAUACUCAAGGAGCUUUCCUCGAAAAGAUGCUUACACAGUCUUCCCAGCUUCUCGUGGUGGUUUUGUAAGUGCGGUUCAAAUUCACCGCUUUAUUGAAGAAAGCAAACUGACCACAGUUGACCUCUCGCUCGAUCAUAUCAACAGUCUCCUUGAUCUACUAAUAUUUGAUGGUAAGAUUGAACGAAGGAUAUCCGACUCGGGAGCAACCGCGAUGGAGUUGAACGAUGUCGACGAUGAUGAACCCGAAAUCGUAUACAAAGCUGUGAAGGAUAGACGAGGUGGUGGUAACCCGUGGACCGAUACACCAUGUGGAAAAUGUCCGGUGUUUAACGAUUGCACGGAUGACGGUUUGAUAACUCCCCGAAAGUGUAUUUAUUAUCGUAAAUGGCUGCUUGAUUUCUAG